GCCCGUCUCCAGCACGCACCGUGUGUCUUCCAGUCGCAAAGACGCUCUUCUUGCAGUCCGAUUGCCAAGAUGCCGCGCACCGCUGAGACUGCGAGCUUCAAAUUCAACCACACGAUGCUUCGUGUGCGUGACCCGGAGGCGUCGCUAAAGUUCUAUACCGAGGUCCUUGGUAUGGAUCUCGCUGACAAGACAGUCCACGAGACCUUUACACUGUACUUCCUCGUGUUCAACUACGGCAACGAGGUCACCGACGGGACGACGCGUUUCGGGCGGGAGGGUGUCCUUGAACUUACGCACAACCAUGGUACAGAGUCGGACCCCGACUUCAAGGGCUACGCGUCUGGCAACAGCGAGCCCGGCCGUGGGUUUGGCCACAUCGCUCUUGCGGUCGACGACGUUGAGAAGGCGUGCGAGCGCUUCGAGCGGCUGGGCGUGAAGUUCCAGAAGCGUCCCAGCGACGGCAAGAUGCGGCACAUUGCGUUCAUCCUGGACCCCGAUGGCUACUGGGUAGAGAUCGUCAAAGGCUACUACCCGUGAGUCCACCGACGCAAAGUCCUGAAGAAGAUCAGGUCCGAAACUUGUGUAUACGGAAGGAUGGCCGUGACAAGAGUGUCGAAGUCGAAAAUGUAAGAUAUGAGAUAGACUACGCGCCUCGAGGUGUAUUUGGCUGGAAGGAUGAUACAUUGCAAUAUAAGUGGUUCUGUACAUCGUCAUGGAUGCCGUCGUGUCCCACCAAGCUGCUUCGAAGU